CGAGUAUAUGCAAAGGAGAGCAGCGCCGACGUCUCACGCGACUCAUGCAGCUGGACGAGUAUGCGAUGGUGGAGGCAACGUGGAAGAUGCGCUGCUCGUCCUCGUGGAACACGGAUGGGUCCUACCAAGCACAGUGCUCUUCGUCGUAGUGACAAAGCACCCUCGACUCAUAAAACGGCUCCGAGGGGGUAUUCCUAAGUCGCUCCGCCGUGCGUGGUGGGUGACCAUCGCGACCUCGGACAAUACUGGUGACAUGACGGCGCUUCUUGGACACCAUCCCACGAUAUUGCCCUUUCUUGACACGACCGGUCUGGACGGCAUCAUUCUCCGAGACCUUGACCGUACAUUUCCGUUGGAGCCGCUUUUUGCAUCGACACAUGGCCCCGCCCUUUUGGCAAACGUCCUCAAGGCCGUGUCCGUGCAUGUGCCUGAAGUUGGAUACUGUCAGGGCAUGAACUUCGUUGCCGCCAAGCUGUUGCUGUUGUGGACAUCCAUCGAUUCAUCCAUGUUGCAUGUGGAUCGAGACGCUUUUCAUGUCGUGUCGUUCGUCGUUCGCCGACAUUCCGCGCUGUGGUCCCCUGGUAUGGCAGGGCUGCGCAAACGUAUAUAUGCCCUGCAUAAGCUCAUGGCGCUCCACUUACCGCGGCUCAACAGCCACCUGCACUCGAUUGGGAUGCACGCUGGCUAUUUUGCCACGCAGUGGCUAGCCACGUUGUUCGCACGCAUCUUGCCGCUCGAAUUGUUCGCGCAUGUUUGGGACCGCUUCCUCGUUGACGGGAUGAAGAUGCUGUUCCGCGUCGCCUUGGUUCUACUCGAGUCGAUGGAGCCUGCCCUACUCAAGGCGUCCGACAUGAACGAAGCCAGCAUUCUGUUGUCGCGCAACCCGACACUACCCCUGGCGCCAUCCGACGCCACCUCGACGGACUGGUUUGUGCAGGCCGCCAUGCAAUUUAAAGUCACUCGGUCGAUCCUGGUCGACCUGGAGGACCAACGUCACGUAGAACUUGUCCACCGGUGGUCACAUGCUGCAGACAUCGCGAUAGGUUCCAGCGCUCAGAAGGACGACGACUUGUUCUACCCUGAAGUGGACCCGAACGCAUCCAACGACGUGUCGAACCGGAAACCCCUCGACAUGGACCAGUUGUGCCGCGACAUUCAAGGCCUGGACAUUGCGAUUGCGUCUGACGUAGCCGUCUUUCGACACAAGAUCGAACAAGUCCAUCGCGCUGCCGACGCCGCCGUCGUCGCGUACAUGUCUGCCGCCGCCAUGUUCACGGAAGCCAGUUACCGCUUGGACGAGCUCGUGGAAGAUCGAGAUGGCCCUUUCGAGGAUGACGACGAUGGCGACGACUGCGACGAACUCGUGACACAGGAGCCAUGGUACCGACGCGCAUUUGCGUGCUUUGACGUGGGUGGACGAAUGUUGAGCCACGUGAAACUUCGUGGGGAUGACAUGGACAGUGUUGGUCGUUUUCACGCGAGAAGCACGAGGGCGAGAAGGCGGUGGCGUCAGCAACGCAAGGAUACAGCCGAAGUAGAGUAUGCGACCCGCAGGCAGCAGUUGAUGAACGCGCAAAUUGAAAUGGACGAACUCCACACGUUCAAGACCAAAGUGACGGAGCAAUUCUUGGCAAUCCUUACAGAGUCUGAGCGAGACAAGACGGCAGUGCUCAAGCGCCACUUCGGGGACGACACCAGCCUUCGAUAAUGUACAAUAGAAACACGGGGUGGCCUAUAGAAAACACUUACAUCACCACAAGCUGAGGGGAAUCAGCGUCUUGACUCGCUCAAAGAGAGGGGCCAGACUUGGAGGAAUCGUCCUUGACGCGCCGCCUGUUCUGACUACACAGUCCUUCGAGUUCGCGAAGAGAAGCAUUCCAUCCGUCGACUCUUUUUCUAGGUACAUGCUGUCGCGCGUAGUUCGUCGAGGACGCUCUACCUAUCCCAAGGACUGCAUCUACCUGUGCCAGUUGCAUCCUCAACAGGCGCCAUUGACGGAGUCCUUGCUCCCGUGAGAAUGCGC